CAGCUGAGUUUUUACGUGAGCGGCUCAACGGAGGGGUCUGGAAGUAUUUCAGAGGUCUUUUUUUCUUUCUUCCACUUUAAAGGUCAUUCUGCACUGAAUUUCUUCGUCCCGCAGAUGUGUUUGGGUUUCACGGGCUGAAUUUCUAAGAGUUUUGUCCUGUAUAUCCAUAUCCAGACGAUGCAGCCUCCUCCAAGAAAGGUAAAAGUCACACAAGAGGUGAAACACACUCACACAGAGCAGCUGAACAGACUCCAGCUCAAACACCAGACAGACUUGGACUUCCUGGAGGAUCUGAGGACUUACAGCCAAAAGAAAGCGCUAAUAGAGAAAGAUUACUCACAGGCUCUGCAUAAGCUUGCAUCACAGUACUUGAAGCGAGAGUGGUCUGGAGCCCCAUCAGAAGACCAGAGAGACACCAGCAGAAAUGUAUGGGCCGUAUGGAGAUCCUACUUGGAGGGUGUGAUGAAAGUGAGCCAGUCUCGUAUCAACGGAUGUGAGAACUACAGGAGCCAGAUCUCAGAUCCUGUGAAGACGUUCCGAGCGCAGAAAGACCUGCAACUGAAGAAGUGCUGCGAACAGCUUGCAAGAGCUCAGGCCGAUCUGCAGGUCACGAUCAGAGACCUGGAGAAGAGCAGGAAGACCUACCAGGAGGCGGAACAAACGGCGCAGACCGUGAGAGAGAAAGCCGAUAUGGAGGCCAAGUCGAAGCUCAGUCUGUUUCAGUCACGUUCCAGUUUGAAGAGGGCGAGUGUGAAGCUGAAAGCCAAGAAGAACGAAUGGAAGUCCAAGGCCACGCAAGCAAGGAAUGAUUACCUGCUCUCACUGUCAGCCACUAACGCUCAUCAGGACCGCUAUUAUGAGACUGAUCUGAUCAGCUGCUUAAGGGUUCUAGAUGGCAGUUUCUACGAUCACAUACAGAGUUUUCUCAUUUCACUGUGUCAAACGGAGCUUGAGACGUCUCAAAGCAUUCAGGACACUUUUCAGUGCCUGCUGGAGACGUCCAGUAGGGUGACACAGGAUAUUCACCAAGAGAUAUUCAUUCAGGACAACCCAGUGUUUCAUAAAGCCACCCCCUUUCGGUAUCAGCCCUGUGAAAAUGAUUCGGUCAAGGAACUGCUGAAGGAGAGUGGCACGGCUGAAGAACACAGUCUGAAUAAGGAAGCAAGGAAAUGGGCCACACGUGUGGCAAGAGAACACAAGAACAUCAUCCUCACGCAGCGGACUCUUUCGGAGUAUGAAGAGUCACAUCAACAGGACCAGAAUAACAACGAGCUGGAAUUGAAAAUGGAUGACGCAAGAGAAUGCAUUCGGAAAUCAGAGACGGUGAAAUUAAAGGCGGAGGCACGUCUGAACCUCCUCAGAGAUGUUGGUGUGGCUGUAGAUGUCUGGCUGAAGAGCGCCAUGAACCAAGUGAUGGAGGAACUGGAAAACGAGAGAUGGGCGGUCCUUAAUACCCACGAUGCUUCAUUCUCUCACUCUGUAGAUUUUGAUAGAGAAGAUGAUGAGGACACAGAGACGUUGGACGACAGUAGUUCCAGCCCCUCCAGCACUCACAGAAACUACCCUCUCACCUGCUCUGUGCUGUACUCCUAUCAGGCGUCCCAGCCUGAUGAGCUCACCAUCCAGGAACAGGAAAUACUGGAGCUUAUUGAUGAUGGAGACAUGGAGGACUGGGUUAAGGCUAGGAACAGAGCAGGGCAGGUGGGAUACGUGCCAGAGAAAUAUUUGCAACUCCCGACCUCCAGCUCACUACUGAGGAUGCUCCAGUCUUUCUCCAGCAUGGACGCCCAAUCACACACCUCCAGCACUUCGGCAGAACAUGAGCCAGAAAUAGAGACACUCACCCAGAACAGUCCGAACACUCAUGGCAGUGCCGUAAAUCUGGCCAGGGCUCUGUAUGCCUAUGAGGCUCAAACAGAGGAUGAGUUGUCUUUCCCCGAGGGAGCCGUUAUUUGCAUUCUCAGCAAACACAACCAAGAAGAUGAUGGGUUCUGGGAGGGCGAGUUCAAUGGCGCAGUGGGCGUCUUUCCCGCAGUAUUAGUGGAGGAUCUAUGCAGACCGGAGAGUGCACGUACACACAAGAGCAAGAACGUGCAGGUGUCUCUGUCAGCUCUGGAUCAAGCAGCUUGUCCACACACUGUGUUUCCAUCCUGUAGCAGUCCAGAGUCUGUCCCGCUGCCAUCUUUGACUAGCACACUCACUUUAAAUGGCUAUCAAACCCCAGAACACCCCAAAAUCUUAAGCCACAGUCACACCCACACCCCAUCACCCAGAUCCCCAGGAGAGGGCGGGUCGGGCCUGAGACCUGUACGAGCUGCUCCUCCUCCACCCAAACAGCAGGCACAGGGCCAGGUGCAGAAGAGAGAAGAGGUGGAGAUCACACUGGUUUGAGCGACACUUUGGGGCACAUUUUAAAAAUUGACGUUGCUUGGAUGCACUGCGUGAAUUUGUCCAAUGCGAGGUGGAUGAACAAGCUGACCAGUACUUAAGUGGUUCCACACCUCCUCCAAUUUUUUGAGGGCAGUUAAAACACACAAAGCCCAGAUCUAUUAAUGAAUGGACAUGCAAAAGGCUUUACUAGAGAUACAAAGAGACUUUAAAGGGAAAUGUGGCAAUUUCAGUGUUGACUUUUUAUGUAUGAUUAUAUAUUCUGUGCAUAAACAAUUUUAGGGCUAACAUGUUUAGAUGCGUAUUAUAGGUUUAGCAUAUCUAUAACUUUAUUGUCAGUAUUUUAAUCGUCUGAUCUGUCACAGACAUUAUUUGAAUGAAUAUUCAAAUAUUUUAUAGGUAUUGUCAAUUCCAGGAGGCUAAACAAACAACCUGAGCACUUUAGAUUUAGUUUGUUAUGCGUUACAGUAUUUUGUUUUAUUUUGGAAAUUCAUAUUUUCUUCUUCUUCUUUAUCUACCUUUAAGUAAGCCUGUGGUUGAGACUUCCGGUUCAUUAUAGGGAAAUAACGAGAAGAAUAACAACGUGCAGUAAAUGGUAAAAUUAUGUACACUACAAACCAGUGUGUUCAUUAUUAAGAUAAUACAUUAAAAUAAUAUGGUAAGACACCAAUUUGCAAUAUCAAGCAGCAAAACAAGCUAGCUGGACACGGAUGAGACCGGAAGCCAGACCCAUAAAAUUUACAAAUGGCCAUGCCCGCAUUUACGGGACGAGAAAGGUGGAUAAUCUUAAAAGAGACAUUUGGAGAAACACUCAUUUUUAUUUUCAGAGCAUUCAAACAAAAGUUCACAAAAAUUCUUAAUCUUAUUCCAAACAUGUUUGGCUAUUUCUUCAGUGGAGUACAAAAGGAAAGUAUUUCACGUUCAUUCAUUGUUGUGGGUGAAAAUUUUGAUUUUAUUAUUUUAUUUUUAAUGUCUUAAUGUUGUAAGAACUAAGUGUGCAAGAAAUGUUUCAUUUAGGUAAAAUUCAGAGGUUUACAAAUAUUAUUUCACAGUUUUGUGUCAUAUUAACAUCAUGUCUCAGGAUGGUGCACAGAUUUAUGUUGUCAGUUUUCAUGUUUCAAGGCUGCCACGGGCAUCUUUUCCAAUCAAAAUGAAAGUAAAACUAUUUCAGUCAGCAUAUCUUGUGAAUUGAAUCACAAUAAAAUUGGAUAAAUUAAGUUUCUGUAUUACCAUUUACUAAGAAAUGCCUUAUCCACCUUAUUUUUCAACGCAAAAGUAAGCCUAUGGGUGAGACAUCCAGUUCAUUGGCCAGCCAUCAUGUUCAUAGUUAAGAUAAUGCAUUAAAAUAAUAUGGCAAGACACACCAAUUUGUAACAUCAAGCAGGAAAACAAGCUGUUUUUCCAGCUAAAAAUAGCUGGAUGCUGAUGAGACCGGAAGCUGGACCCAUAAAAUUAAAUUACAAAUGGCCGCGCCCACUCUUAAGGAAAAAUAAGGUGGAUAUUUAUUAAGGUAAGCGCGGACGGGACCGUUUGUAACGUUUGUGCGUGGCUUCCGCUUAUUUUUUCCUAUAGAAACACUAUGCUGCUUUAAAUUACAAAAUAAUAUUGUAUUAUUCUAAUUUAUUCUAAUUUAUUAUCAUAAUUAUAAACAACUUACUUCCGCGUUGCCAAACAAGGUGGGGGUUUGUGCCCGUAAAUGAAGCGGGAAGAGAAUUUGAUGGUACGUGCAGUCUCAGCGGUUUUCAGUUGCAGCCUUAAGUCACAAACUCACUAAACCCUCUAACCACAUUUAAGAAAAUAAUUUGUUCAUUCUCUGCAUAGCAGGACGUGCGUUGAAGACACGUGCUCCUGUACAGGUGAGCGUGGGUUAAACGCCUGUGGGGUUAAACCUUGAGAAGAGAUUACGUAAAUCUAACUAGGCCUAGACAAACCUGCUUGAGAUACAAUCUACAGCGAACAUGAUAUCAAUAACAUGUUUGUAAGGGGAUUUUGCACUUGAUCUCAAGUUUCGUGUGAUAUUAUACAAUGAGUCAUAGUUUAAAGUGUUUACAAACAAGUCAGGAAUUUUGAGAGCUGUCAGUUUUUUAGAUAUGGAAGCUCGUUUCCGCCACGGAAUAAAAAAAGGCAAUUGCGACUAUGGGCUGCAAUUAUUAGAUAGAUAGAUAGACAGAUAGAUGGAUUGAUAGAUUUAUUAUUUUUAUACCGUCGCACAAACAAGCUUUCAUACUUUUUCAUGCUUAGAUUAUGGCCUGCUACAGUUGAAGUCAAAAGUUUACAUACACCUUGCAGAAUCUACAGAAUGUUAAUUAUUUGACCAAAAUGAGAGGGAUCAUACAAAAUGCAUGUUAUUGUUAUUUAGUACUGACCUGAAUAAAAUGUCUAAUGUCUAAUGAAAGAAGUUUACGUAUAAAACAGAGAAAAUAAUACUGAAUUUAUAAAAAAUAAAAAAAAAUGACCCUGUUCAAAAGUUUACAUAAACUUGAUUUUUAAUGCUGUGUUGUUACCUCAUUGAUCCACAGCUGUGUGUUUUUUGGGGUUUUUUAGUUUUUCCAUGAGUCCCUUGUUUGUCCUAGAUGGUUAAACUGCCCGCUGUUCUUCAGAAAAAAUUCUUCAGGUCCCAUAAAUUCUUUGGUUUUUCAGCUUUUUUGUGUAUUUGAACCCUUUCCAACAAUGACUGUAUGAUUUUGAGAUCCAUCUUUUCACACUGAGGACAACUGAGGGAAUCAUAUGCAACUAUUACAGAAAGGUCAAACGCUCACUGAUGCUUCAAAAGGAAACACCAUGCAUUAAGAGCUGGGGGGGUGAAAAGUUUUUGAAUUUGAAGAUCAGGAUAAAUUUAACUUAGUCUUCUGGGAAACAAAUAUCUUCUGUAGAUUCUGAAGGGCAGUACUAUAUGACAAAUAUGAUAUUCAGGCAAAAUAAGAAAAAUGUACACAUCUUCAUUCUGUUCAAAAGUUUUCACCCCUGGCUCUUAAUGCAUUGUGUUUCCUUCUGGAGCAUCAGUGAGCGUUUGAACCUUCUAUAAUAUUUGCAUACAAGUCUCUCAGUUGUCCUCGGUGUGAAAAGAUGGAUCUCAAUAUCAUACAGUCCUUGUUGGAAAAGGUUUAAAUACACAAAAAUGUUGAAAAACCCAAACAAUUUGUGGGACCUGAAGGAUUUUUCUGAAGAACAGCGGGUAGUUUAAAUGUUCAGGACAAACAAUCACUAACUAUCACUACAUAAAACAAACACAGCUGUGGAUCAUUCAGGUAACAACAGAGUAUUAAAAAUCAAGUGCAUGUAAACUUCUAAACAGGGUCAUUUUUAUAAAUUCAACUAUAAUAAACAUUUUGCAGAUUCUGCAAGGUGUAUGUAAACUUUUGACUUCAACUGCAUUUAUUGCUAAUAUGUAACCAAAGGUUUGUAUGUUUAAUCCAGUUGGGAAUUGGCACAUGCCAACAAAAAUUACUUUAUCACUAACAUUUGUUUUGAGUUUUGCUUUCAUAUCAAAUAUAAUUUAAUAUUUCAUACAAUAAAGAAACAACUAGGAUAAUAGUGUUAUCAUUACAUACUUUAAUACAGUAAAAAAAAAAAAAAAAAAAAAAAAA